CUUUGGUAAUUUUCAUCUCAUUUCAAGAUACACACAAUCGACCCCCAGAUCCAGGUCUGAGAAACCUACGUUAUGGAAUCAGCAUCAGCUAUUAGUAGACAUAAUCGUUUUUUAACGCUGUUGCGCCUGUAUGCAAAAAUAAGACAUUUUGGUAUGGAUUAUCACCAGAAACGUCUUUUUUUAUCAAUUAUGUGGUAUCUAAAAUACCAGGCACAACGACAAAGUGAUGAAAGCCACUUUGAUUUAUUGGUACGACGACGACGACGACGAUGGUGGGUUCGUCCGAUAAAUCAGCGUCGGAAUAAUCAAGGAGAUGGUGAACAUCUCAUUAAUGAGAUGCGGUUUCAAGACAUUGAUUUACAUUUCAAGUAUUGCCGUAUGACAGUCGACGUCUUCGACAAAUUAUUUAGAAUUGUUGGACCUUCUUUACAAAAAACACAAACUAAUUUUAGAGAACCUAUUUGUCUUCGCAUAAAGUUAUACUUGACAUUAAGAUACUUAGCCACAGGAGAUAAAAUGGCUUCUAUUGCUUUUGCAUUUCGCAUAGGACGUAGCACUGUUUCAACAAUUAUCGCUGACACAUGUGUACUUAUGGCAAGCGCUGAAAAAUGAAAUGUUUAUACCGUCAGAAGAUAACUGGAAGGAAAUUGCGAAAGAGUUCUAUACACACUGGAACUUUCCACAUUGUAUAGGUGCUAUAGACGGGAAGCACGUUGUUGUGAAGGCACCACCAAAAUCGGGAUCAACGUUUUACAACUAUAAAGGAAGUCACAGCAUAAAUUUAAUGGCCGUGGCUUCAGCAUCAUAUCGAUUUCUUCUUGUCGACAUUGGAGCUGAAGGUCGUCAUAGUGAUGGGGGAGUAUUCAAGAAUUCUCUCAUGGGACAACUAUUUGCUGAUGAUAAACUUAAUGUACCUCUACCUUCCCUGAUAGUCGAGAACGGAGAUCCAAUGCCAUAUGUAUUGGUAGCAGAUGAGGCGUUUCAGCUGACCAAUUAUACAAUGAGACCAUAUCCAGGAAAAAUACUUAUGACCGAAGAAUUUUUAAUUAUCGGUUAAGUCGAGCUCGGAGAGUCGUUGAAAACGCCUUCGGUAUAAUGGUGGCACGAUGGAGAAUUUUGGAAGGACCGAUAAAUACGUCUUUACAAACUGCAGAAAAAAUUGUUAAAGCUUGUGUAGUGCUGCAUAAUUUCUUAAUGAAUAAAUCACUGUAUUGCAGGCCAGGUUUUGCUGACUCAGUACAGACAGAUGGAACAAUAAAUCCUGGUGAAUGGCGCCAAGAAAUACGAGAAGGACUUCAGUCGAUAAAAGGAGUAGGAAGUAAUACUCAUUCUCGAAAUGCAGCAAUUGUGAGAGAGAGCUUCAAAAAUUAUUUUCUCGAUAUUGAAGCUGUUCCGUGGCAAUGGGAUCUGAUAC